GCACCACCCCGGUCCGCCGCGAUGCCUCCCUUCCCGGCGGCGACCACCACCUCCCACCUCGCCCUCCUCGUGCUCUUCUCAUCUUCCUCCCUUUUCUUCCUCUACAAAUCCCUCCGCCUCCGCCGCAAACCGUCCCCCGCCCGCACUGCCACUCCUACCCUUCUCUUCGCCUCUGUAACCGGCACCUCCAAAACCCUCGCUGCGCGUCUCUCCGCCCGACUGACCGCCGAUGCCGGUUUCCCCGUCCGCGCCACCGACGCUGCCACCUUCGACCCCGACGACCUUCCUUCAGUCCAUCUCCUCCUGCUCGUAAUCCCCACCCACGACGGCGGUGCGACGCCCCCUUCUGCGGCCUUCCUUUCGCGCUGGCUUGAGGAGUCCGCCGCUGACUUCCGCGCGGGUGCACUCCUCCUUUCCGGUCUCCGCUUCGCCGUCUUCGGGGUUGGUUCCCGGGCCUAUGGGGAGACCUUCAACGCUGCCGCGAGGAACUUCUCGCGGUGGUUGCGCGCGCUCGGCGCCGUUGAAGUGGUUCCUCUCGGGGAGGGCGACAUCGAUAGCGGGGAUCUCGAAGCGGUGUUCGAGGAGUGGAAUAGGAGGGUGCUGAGGGUGGUGAAGGGCGAGGAGGUUGGUUAUGGGGCUAAUGAAAAAAACAAUGGUCUUGACGAGUUGGAGUUGGAAGGGGAGGAUUGGGAUGACGACGAUGAGGAGAUGGUGGAUGCGGAGGUUGACAUGGAAGAUAUUGCUGGGAAAGCACCGGCGAGGAGGAAGAACGGGAAUUUGGAGGGUGUUCUAGCUAAUGGAGUGCAUAACGGUGUAAAGGACAUGGUCACACCAAUCAUUAGGACGAGUUUGGAGAAGCAAGGUUACAAAAUUAUUGGUUCUCAUAGCGGAGUGAAGAUUUGCAGAUGGACUAAGUCGCAGCUGCGAGGUCGUGGAGGGUGUUAUAAGCACUCAUUUUACGGCAUAGAAAGUCACAGAUGCAUGGAAGCAACUCCAAGUUUGGCUUGUGCAAAUAAAUGUGUAUUUUGUUGGAGACAUCACACAAAUCCUGUUGGAAAGAGCUGGAAAUGGAAGAUGGAUGACCCUCUUGACAUUGUGAAUGCUGCAAUUGACCAGCAUACUAAGAUGGUUAAGCAAAUGAAGGGCGUACCAGGAGUAAAGCCAGAAAAACUUGACGAAGGUCUGUCACCUAGACAUUGUGCGUUAUCUCUGGUUGGUGAACCAAUUAUGUACCCUGAGAUAAAUGCUCUUGUGGAUGAGCUACACCGAAGACACAUAUCUACGUUUCUGGUUACAAAUGCUCAAUUUCCUGAAAAGAUUAAGGCAUUAAAACCAAUCACUCAGCUGUAUGUCAGUGUGGAUGCAGCUACAAAGGAGAGCUUGAAGGCUGUUGAUAGGCCACUAUUUUCAGACUUCUGGGAGCGUUUCCUGGAUUCACUCAAGUCACUGCAUGAAAAAGAUCAAAGAACGGUUUACCGACUAACACUGGUUAAAGGCUGGAAUGCAGAAGAGAUAGAUGCAUAUGCGAAACUGCUAGAUCUUGGCCAGCCCGAUUUCAUUGAAAUCAAGGGUGUAACAUACUGUGGCUCGUCAGCAACUUCAAAGUUGACUAUGGAAAAUGUACCUUGGCACUCUGAUGUAAAGGAAUUCUCCGAGGUGUUGGCAUCGAAAAGCGGUGGUGUAUACGAAGUAGCGUGUGAGCAUGCUCAUUCAUGUUGUGUCCUACUUGCAAAGGUAGAUAAAUUCAAGAUCAACGGCAAAUGGCAUACCUGGAUAGAUUAUGACCGUUUCCAUGAACUGGUGACAUCUGGAAAGCCUUUCAAUAGCCGAGAUUACAUGGCCAUGACGCCCUCAUGGGCUGUCUAUGGUGCAGAGGAAGGUGGAUUCGAUCCGGAUCAAUCUCGUUUCAAGAAGGAAAGGCGCCAUGGAACUGCUGCCCUCAGAAGUUGAAGUUGAUCUUAUUGAGAAGACAUGGACCUGCUACUCCCGAACACUGACCUAUGUUACUGCUUUUUAGAGGCAAAAACUUUGGAAGCAAGGAUUUUUGAAAUGUUAGCUUCCAAGCCAUACAUUUUCUGUUUGUCGUGUGAAUCAGUUUCCGAAAGUUC